GUGCCCCUCCCCGAGUGCCGACAUGAAGUGGGUCUUAGUGGUGGCAGCGGUGGUUGGCGUGGCGGCGGCGAGGACCAUCUUCGACUACGAGCGAGAUGGCCUGGAGAACGAGCAGAAGGGCCAGCCAGGGAAGGCCGUGACGGGGGAGUACGAGUGGAGAGCCCCAGAUGGUAAGGUGGUGGAGAUCUCCUACGUCGCCGACCACCUGGGCUUUCGCCUCGUGGACGACCCCGAGCCGACCGCGACCCAGUCAGGCGCCACACGAUCCCUGGGGGAGGAAGAGGACGACGACGGAGGUGCGCGCGAAGUGAGGACCGAAGAGGAAACAGAGGAAGAAGAAGGAGAGGAAGAGUCGGAAGGAAGAUCGGAGGGGACGGAGGAGGAGGAGAGCGAGUCCUCCGGGAAGGAGAGGUCCGAGGAACCCGAGACGGAGGGCGCUGAAGCGGAAGAGAAGUCAGCCGAACCCGAGGCCGAGGAAGCCGAGGCGGAGGAAGCCGAGGCGGAGGGACAGGAGCCGGAGACGAAGGCAGCCGAAGCCGGAGAAAAGUCCGCGGAAGCCGAGCAAGAGAAGGCGGACGCAAAGGAAGAAGAAAAUGCGGGAGCAGAAAGGGCAACCAAAAAGGCGUCGGAGGAGAGCGCCGACGCCGACGCUGACCAAGAAGCGUCCACGGCCUCUGCAAAAAUCUCUUCCGUUGGCGAAGCGGUCGCGGCAGAAGCCGAGGCACCCGAAGCUGGAGGAGAGUCCGCGGGCAAGCAGCUGAGCCCUGAGACACCUGUCCUCGUCCCGGUGAAGGUCGAGUCUAACUUCGACUCCGUUUCCCCUGCGACCGAAGUGCCGGUGAUUGCCACGGCGGAAAUGCUGCCGCCAGUGGCUCCCUUGGUAGCUCCAAUGACGGUCGAGUCUCCACCAGCACCUGUACCUACUGCAGGAUUCUCCUUCGAUGCUGCUCAUAGUGAGCCUGUAAACCUGGUGCCUCAAGACCUUGUCGUCUUUGUAAUUCCUCCUGUCGAGCAAGUGGCUACACUGCCUAACGCGGAGGCGAUCGAUGUUUCCCAGCCAAUGCCUGCCGCAGCGCCCUUCGCCUCCGCUGCAUCCGCGCUUCCCGUGGAAAUCCCUCAGCCAGCUUUUACUGAUUCUGAUUUUGUUGUCACCGAGCAAGGAUCAGCGGAUCCGGCGCUGCUGCUGCCAGAACUUCCUCUUGCUCUUGUGGCAUCUCCCGAGGGCACCAAUGUGGUUCUUGAGAAGCCUGUCGUCGAAAAGCUAGAAGUUUCAGCUCCCAUCGGAGUACCUGAAAUCGACGCUGACAUUGCUGUGAUCGCCAAGUCAUCGGAUUCCGUCCAGGCAGUACCUCAGUUCAUCGCCACAGACCUAUCUGGGAGCUUUGAUCCAGUUGCAGACAUACCAGCAUCAUUGUCAGUGAUACCAGCGUCGGACUUUGCUUUCGUGCCAGUGGAGAACAUCCCCAAAAUGAUUAGCUUUGAGGAAGUUGUGGAGGUGAGUCCUGAGGUGGAUUUAGCUCCCGAACUCCCCUCCCCCCUCCCGCUGAUUCAGCUUGACGAGGUGGAUCCUUCCUUCGUUUCCGUUGAAAUCUCCACCGCGGCCCUGCCGCAGCCAGACACGAACCCUUCUUCCCUGUUCAGCGCCGACGUCGAGGUCCGCCCCGAGCCUCAGUUCAUCGCGCCGAUCGUGCCUCCUCCGGCCCCGCUGUCCCAGGACGCUCCCUUUGCGCUUCUCCCCCAUCGCUUUGAGGCCCCGAAGUCCGGCCGGUCGAUGGACAGCGUCCCGGUCUUCGUUGAGACCUCCCAUGCUGAGCCCACCAACGCUCUCUUUUUCGUUCCGGAGGCGCUGCAGGAGGAAACUAAAGGCCAGUCAUCGGACAUGUUAGAAAUUGUCGUUCCUGCAGACAGCAUCAUGACUAUUGCAAAAUCCCUCAUUCAGCCUGCACCUACGUUCGCCGAGCCUAUUGUGUACGAAGAAACAGUGGAGACAGCUGAACCUUUUCUGGCACAGCUUGAGUUCGGCCCCGCGCCAUCUCCUGUCGGGGUCGAAGCAAGUGCGCCUCAAGGCUCAGCUUCUUUUGCGAAUGCUAUUCCUCUAUCGCUUAAGGACGAGACCUUUUUCUCGGCCGUUGACGCCUCUCCGGUCACAUUUGACGCAAGCCCAGUCGAAUUCGCAUUUGUUGAAGUGCCUGCUGAGGAUUCCUUCCCAGCCUUAUCCGAAGUCAUAGCCCAGCCCCUGACGGAAACGCAGCCUGGCGUGCAUUCAGCUUUCGAAGAGCCGGUUCUGCUCGAUGUCAGUGCAGCGGCUGACGUGCAGGGUCCCGAAGUCUCCCCUUCUGCGGUUGCCAUUUUCGAAACGGACGCUGGAUUUGAACCAGUUUUUGAAGAAGUUGUAAUGAUAUCAGAAGAACCAGCCGCAGCGGGACCCACUGCCCAGGUAACCAUCAUCACAGAGGACGUCCCUUCAGGCCCCUUAGACCACGACGACGCAAUGGUGCUCGUCUCGAAGAGCAUCCAGAGUCCUCCUCUCCUUCCGCCUCUGAUGAAGCCGUCGGUAAUACUGAAUUAAAUACCGGUUCAUGAGGCAAAUUGCAUACAGAAUAUUUUAUAUGUAACUUUAUGUUAUAAAGAUAAAAGAGAGACCUUUGAUUGACAAGGUUGUUGCAAUGUAUAUAUAUUUACGAUUUUGUAGAAUCGACUCUUACACUAAUGACUCUAUUGCAACUCCUUGUCAUCAUCGCCUUAUCUCAAUAAAGACAAAAUAAAUGGAUAUAUAAAGAAUGAA